UCGGUGCUCGACCUGUCACUACAGUAUGCUCGCCGGUGAUCCUUUUCUUCUCCCAAACGUUAAUUAUACGUAUACUGGAUUGUUUUAAUGGGAUGGUAUUCGUUUUGCACAGCAGAAAUUUUGGUCGUUUUCGUCGGGUUGACUUUCUUCCAUUCAAGGAGAAUAAGCACUUCUUGUCCCGCAAAUAUGUAUUCAGUAGUAACUACUUUGCAGUCAGAUCUGUGCUUGAACGCUUUAAUUGCUUAUCUCGCAGUCUUCUCUAUGUGCUACUUUUGAUGGACAUCUGUGCGUUAGGUUUUGAGGUUGAUUUCGUGUUGUUGAAGUUGAACACAACAUGAAAAAAAGGUCAUUGUCCGUAGGUUCUCAUUCAACCCUUUUUACCUUUCAAUAAUUUUCUGGUCAUUAUCAUUAUAUCAAUGCCUUGUAUGCUGAUUGCAGUCUCGGUAUAUAUGUGCAAAAAAUGAUAAAUAAUGGGCGUUCUUAUUUUCACUUUCCAGAACAUACUGUCUCAUGUAAUUGCAAAUGGAUUGCCAGACAAAUACAACAAAGGAUGACCUGGAGCGCAUGCUAUAUGAUGACACCGCUGAGCCCAAGGCCCUGCCACUAUCACUUUUGGCAGAGAUUACAAAUGGUUUCUCUGCUGAGCACCAAAUUGGCGAAGGUGGGUUUGCAGUGAUCUACCAGGGAAUACUCAAGAAUGGAAAGGUCGCUGUGAAGAGGCUGUCCAAUAAGCUUAUGGAUGACAAGGAGUUCCUCCGGGAAGUUGAAUGUCUCAUGACGGUGAAGCACAAAAAUGUAGUACGGUUUCUGGGUUAUUGUGCAGACACGCAAGGAAGUAUGGAGUUAUACAAUGGCAAACUCGUCAUGGCGAGUGUAAUGCAAAGAUUGCUUUGCUUCGAGUAUCUAUCGAAAGGGAGUCUUGAUCAGUACAUCACUGAUGCAUCUUGUGGUCUUGAGUGGAGAAACCGCUAUAAAAUUAUAGAAGGAAUUUCUCAUGGGUUACAUUAUCUUCAUCAGAAAUACAUCCUCCACUUAGAUCUAAAGCCCGCCAAUAUAUUGUUGGAUGAUGAUUGGGUGCCGAAGAUUUCUGAUUUCGGUCUCUCAAGGUUCUUUCAUGAAAAUCAAAGCCGAGCUAUUACUGCAAAUAUAGGUGGAACACUGGGGUAUUUGCCACCGGAAUUUUGUAACGGAGAAAUCACAUACCUGUUUGAUCGUUUUAGUCUAGGUGUAAUAUUCAUGGAGUUACUAACUGGAAAGAAGGGAUAUCACGAUGUUGACAAUGUAGUUGAAAGUUGGAGUAACAGGUUGGAGGAAUCAUGGGGCGACAUACAGUUGGAACAAGUACGAGUAUGUGCUGAGAUAGGAAUAGAAUGCACGGACUCCAACCCAGCGAAGAGACCUAACAGUACACAACAUAUAAUCGAUAGACUUGAUGAAACAGGAAGUAUGGAUGGCUACAUCGAAGCUGGCAAGAUAACUUCACAUCAGGAAGAAAAUUCUUCGAACAAACUACAUCAAGAUAUGCCUAAGGACCUAGGAGAGACAAGCCCUCAGAAUUUCUCAUUUUCCUGGCCAACAAAUUUAAUCAUGGAUCAAACGGCACCAGCACAAAUGUCUGAGGUGGUACUCCCUGCUUUGACAAAGAUUGGCUCCAUUUUAGGCGAUGAAUCCACCAUGGUCAUCAUAGCUAACCUCUCAAAAAAGGUUACCAAUCUGACGAAACUGCCAGGACAGGUUGAGCAAAUAGGAAAGCAACUGGAAAAGAUGGGCAUUGCUAUUGGUAAAAUAAGCACAGUGCACCUCGCUGACGGAAUUACAAAGAGUUGGAUUGGGGAGGUCCGUAAAUUGGCUUGUCGUGUUGAGGAUGUAAUGGAUAAAUUCUCAUACCAUGUUGCUAAGCUCAAAGGAGGAGGGUUACUGAAGAAAUUUGCCAUGAAGCGAGCUUGUUAUGACAAAGUUUUCACUGAAAUUAUGGAUGAGGUGGCUGAGGUGGACAAGGAGAUCCAGCUGGUUAUACAGAUGAGAGACCAGUGGUUGAAGCCCUGCAAAGACAGCUUCCCGGUUUUUAUCCAAGAUGAAGGUUUCGUUGGAAUUGAAGACAACAGGAUAUUGCUGACCAGAUGGCUGUACUCCAAAGAGCCCGAGAGCACAGUAAUAACAGUAUCUGGCAUGGGUGGGCUGGGAAAAUCCACCCUGGUGUCAAAUGUGUAUGAACGUGAAAAAAUCAGCUUCUCCGUACAUGCAUGGAUCGCUGUGUCACAAAUUUACAAUGUUGAUGCUCUCUUCAGAAAGCUACUGUGGAAGAUUGGAUAUACUGAACAACCAUCGUCGCUAGGCAUUGACAAAAUGGACGUGAAUGCCUUGAAAAAGGAGAUACAGAAGAGAUUUGAAAAUAGAAAAUAUUUGAUUGUAAUUGAUGAUGUGUGGGAGAAAGAGAUAUAUAUGCAAAUGCAUGAUGCUUUUGAGAAUCUCCAAGGGAGUCGCAUUAUCAUUACGACACGGAAGGACGAUGUUGCAAAAAUUUCUUCUCCCACCCGUCACCUUGAGCUCCGGCCGUUGAAUAAGCCUGAUGCAUUUGACCUCUUCUGCAGAAGGGCAUUUUGCAACCACAAGGGACACAUGUGCCCGAAGAAUCAUGAGAUGAUUGCUACUGCUAUAGUUGACAGAUGUCGUGGUAUGCCGCAAGCAAUUGUUACCAUUGGCAGUAUGUUGUCUUUUCGACAAGAGCUAGACAUUUGGCAACAAACAUACUAUCAGCUUCUCAAGUUGUCCACUGAUGAUCAUGUGCGAGAUAUUAUAAAUCUAUGCUACCAUGACCUAUCAGGAGACGUGAGAAACUGCUUGGUGUACUGCAGUCUGUUCCCUGGAGACCACCCCAUGUCACGUGACAGCCUUGUGAGGCUGUGGGUUGCGGAAGGUUUUGUGCCGAGUAAAGGAAAUAACGCACCAGAGGUGGUGGUUGAGGGAAUUCUCAUGGAAUUGAUCCACCGCAAUAUGCUUGAGGUGGUGGAGAUUGAUGAGCUUGGUAGGGUCACCACCUGUAAGAUGCAUGAUAUUGUGCGUGAACUGGCUUUUUCUUUUGCUGAAGAGGAGAGAUAUGCUUCUGCAAAUGACUACGGCACAAUGAUACAGAUUGAUAGGGAUGUUCGCCGGCUGUCGUUAUGUGGAUGGAAAGACAGCAGUGCGCUGAAACUUAAGUUCCCACGUCUUCGAACAGUAGUGUCUCUCGGAUUAAUUUCAUCCUCUCCUGACAUGUUAUCUUCUAUUUUGUCUGUAUCCAACUACCUUACUGUACUUGAGCUUCAAGACUCUGAAAUCACUGAAGUUCCAGCAACCAUAGGGUCUCUGUUUAAUCUACGUUACAUUGGGUUACGGCGCACCAAGGUCAAGUCACUUCCAGACUCUAUCGAGAAUCUAUCUAACCUCCAAACCCUAGAUAUUAAGCAAACUAAAAUAGAGAAGCUUCCGCGGGGGCUUGUGAGGAUCAGGAAGCUCAGGCACCUUAUUGCCGAUAGAUAUGCUGACGAGAAGCAGUCAGAGUUUCGGUAUUUUGUUGGAAUGCAAGCACCUAAAGAGCUGUCCAACUUGGAAGAACUGCAAACUCUCGAGACUGUGGAGUCCAGCAAUGACUUGGCUGAGCAGCUGAAGAAACUGAUGCAACUAAGAAGUGUCUGGAUUGACAACAUAAGUGCUGCGCACUGUGCAAAUCUGUUUGCUACCCUGUCAACUAUGCCGUUUCUUUCAAGCCUUCUUCUUUCUGCAAGGGAUGAGAAUGAGGCACUUAGCUUCAAGGCUCUCAACCCAAGGUCUACAGCUCUACACAGGUUGAUUAUCAGAGGGCAAUGGGCCAAGGGCACAUUAAAUUGCCCGAUCUUUCUCAGCCAUGGAAAAAACCUCAAGUAUUUAGCUCUAAGCUGGUGUCAUCUCGCAGAAGAUCCACUGGGGAUGCUCGCACCCCACAUGCCAAACCUCGCAUAUCUCAGGCUUAACAACAUGCAUAGUCCAAGUACUUUGGUUCUUUAUGAAGGCUCAUUUCCGAACCUGAAGACACUUGUCUUGAAGCACAUGCAUGAUGUCAGACAGCUAAACAUCAUCGAUGGUGCUCUUCCGUCUAUUGAAGGUCUGUACGUUGUGUCGCUGCUGAAUCUGGAUAAGAUCCCUCAAGGCAUUGAAUCACUUCACUCCCUGAAGAAGCUCUGGUUGGUCGGCUUGCACAAGGAUUUCAGAAGUCAGUGGCUCAGUAGCGGAAUGCACCAAAAGAUACAGCAUGUUCUAGAGGUUCGUGUCUAGAUGAUGCAGGCCGGUUCUGUCUGCAUGGAGUGGUGUUCUUGUACGGUGCGUCACCCCGAUAAGGUUUUGAUUAUGGACAUUUCAGCAUCACCUCGUUACUACCUCUGUUUUUGAUGGAACCUCAGAGGACGGGGAGCUCUCGCAUUGCAUUAUAAGAAGAGGGAAAAUAAUCCGGUUAAUAAGGGAAACCGGACCCAAAGACCAUACAAUACAUGGUGAAUUAAGAAAAACCGGCGAAAACCACACACCACACAACUACAAGAAGAUGGAAUA